AAACGAAAGUAACUUCACAUCACUGUAAACAACAGAUCAACAGAGAUACGAAAUAAACCUGUUGCUCGCUGGAUUUGAUCCAUGCGAUGUUCCAGAAAACAUUUUUACAGAUGUCAGAUGUUGAUACCAGCAAGAGAUUCUGAGAACGACUAGUGCUGACAGACAACAAGCGUAGGACGUCCUGCUGAACGAUUGAUUGUUUUCUCAAACCAGUGCUGAUCAGAGGAGCGAGGAAAGGACUCUCUCUCUAAGAUGAGUCUCUCAGAGAAACACAGUGUAAGAUCAGGAUCACAUGUGUCCAGCUCUGUGUCUCUGAAGAGUGACCGGUCAAAAGAAGGAGAACCACCAGAGUUCAGUGAGAAAACACCAUCAUCUAAAAAAAGUGUAAGAUCAGGAUCACAUGUGUCCAGCUCUGUGUCUCUGAAGAGUAAUCGGUCAAAAGAAGGAGAACCACCAGAGUUCAGUGAGAAAACACCAUCAUCUAAUAAGAGGCUUCAAUAUGAGACAUUAGACUCAGACGUUCAGACUCACGGGAACCACACGAAUUUCAAAGACAAUCUCCUGUGGAUCUUCCAGGAUCUUGAGAGCAAAAUAAUUAAAUUUCUGAGGAAAGAGCUGGAAAAGUUUAAGAAAAUAUUACAAAAUGAGAACACAGAAAACUUUGUGAAGGACUUUAAUGAGAAUAGAUGCAGUAUCAAAGCAGCAGCUCUUGAUCUCACACUACAUUACCUGAGAGAGAUGAAGCAAGAUGAAGCUGCUGAUGCUCUAGAAGAUGAGCUGCUCUUCAUUCAUCAGCUAAAAUGUGGCCUAAAGAAGAAGUAUCAAUGUGUGUUUGAAGGAAUUGCGAAGCAUGGUGACUCCAUACUUCUGAAUAACAUCUACACAGAUCUCUAUAUCACUCAGGGUGGCAGUGAACAGGUCAAUACUGAACAUGAGGUCAGACAGAUUGAAGUUGCUUCCAGGCGUCAUGAAUCACAAGAGAUACAGGUUGAAUGCAGAAAUUUGUUUGAAGCUUCUGAACAAGACAAGGAGAUCCGAACUGUACUGACAAAAGGAGUCGCUGGCAUCGGAAAAUCAGUCUCUGUGCAAAAGUUUGUUCUGGACUGGGCUGAAGGAAAAGAAAAUCAAGAUAUCAGCUUCAUAUUUCCUCUUCCAUUCAGAGAGAUGAACUUAAAGGAGAAAGAAAAACUAAGUUUGAUGGACCUUAUAACUAAAUUUUUCCCAGAGACGAAAGGACUGAACCUUACAAGAAGGAAUCAAUUCAAAGUCCUGUUCAUCCUUGAUGGAUUGGACGAAUGUCGCCUUCCUCUGAAGUUUGAUUGUAAUGAGAGGUGGAGUGAUGUAUCGUCACCAGCCUCUCUGGAUGUUCUCCUAACGAACCUCAUGAAGGGAAAUCUGCUUCCUUCUGCUCUCAUCUGGAUCACCACCAGACCAGCAGCUGCCAGUAAGAUUCCUCCUGACUGUAUCGACCGGCUGACAGAGAUACGAGGAUUCAGUGACGCUCAAAAGGAAGAGUACUUCAAAAAAAGAUUCACGGAUCAGAAUCAGGCCAUCACAAUCAUUGAUCAUGUUAAAAAAUCAAAGAGUCUCUUUAUCAUGUGCCACAUCCCAGUCUUCUGCUGGAUUUCAGCCACUGUUCUCCAGAACAUUCUGGAGGAGAAAAGAAAUACUGAUGUGAAAAACAAUCAGGCUGAUGAGAUCUCUAAAACACUGCAGGAAUCAAAUACUGAAGACACUCCCAAGACUCUGACACAAAUGUACACACACUUUCUCCGCUUUCAGAUCCAGCAGAGCCGCAGAAAAUAUUAUGGAGAAUAUGCAGCAGAUGUUUCCUGGGAUAAAGACGCCAUCCUUUCACUGGGGAAACUGGCAUUUAAUGAGCUGGAAAGAAACAAUGUGAUCUUCUAUGACACAGACCUGGAAGCCUGUGGUAUUGAUGUUUAUAAGGCAUCAGUGUACUCAGGCAUGUGUACCCAGAUCUUUAAGGAGGAAACAGGGAUCAUUCUUGGUACCAUGUACUGCUUUGUUCACUUGAGCAUUCAAGAGUUUAUUGCAGCCCUUUAUGCACAUCUGUUUGUAAACAUCAACAAGACAAAUGUGCUUGUUGAUGAGUCUACAGAACAGGAAAACGAAAAUGAAACCAUGAUUGAUUUUCUCAAGACUGCAGUGGACGAAGCGCUUGAGAGUGACAAUGGACACCUGGACCUUUUCCUUCGCUUCCUUCUCGGUCUGUCACUCCAGUCCAAUCAACGACUCUUACGGGGUCUGUUGACACAGCAGGAGGACAAUGACCAGAGCAACAAGGAAAUAAUUCAGUACAUCAAGCAGAAAUUAGAAGAUAAUCUGCCUGCAGAGAGAUCCAUCAAUCUGUUCUACUGUCUGAAUGAACUGAACGACCAAACUCUGGUGAAGGAGAUUCAGACCCACCUUAGCAAAGGAAGUCUCUCAUCUGGUGACCUUUCACCUGCCCAGUGGUCUGCUUUGGUCUUUGUGUUGUUGACAUCAGAGGAAGAGCUGGAGGAGUUUGAGCUUCAGAAAUUCAAGAAAUCAGACGAGUGUCUCAUUAGAUUAUCGGCAGUCAUCAAAACCUCCAGAAGAGCUCUGUUAAAUGACUGUAACUUAACAGACAAAAGCUGUUCAGCUCUGGCUGCAGUUCUUGGAUCAGAUACCAAUCUGAAAGAGCUGAACAUGAACAAUAAUAAUCUGCAGGAUUUAGGAGUGAAUAUGCUCUGCACUGGACUGAAGAAUUUAAACUGUAAAUUGGAGAUACUGAGACUCUCUAACUGCAGUGUAACAGAAGAAGGUUAUAAAGCUCUGGCUUCAGCUCUGAGAUCAAACCCUUCACACCUGACGGAGCUGGAUCUCACAGGAAAUGAUCCUGGACAAUCAGGAGUGAAGGAGCUCAGUGAUUUACUACAGGAUCCAAACUGUCAACUGAAGACACUGAGGUUAAGAUGUUGUGAUAUGACAGAUGAAGGCUGUUCUGCUCUGACUUCAGCUCUGAAAUCAAACCCGUCACACCUGAGAGAGCUGGACCUCAGUGAGAAUGAACUAGGAGACUCUGGAGUAAAAAACCUCAGUGAUCUACUGAUGAACCCACAAUUCAAGCUGGAGAAACUAGAUCUGUAUAGAUGCAGUAUUACAGAGAAACAGUGUGUCAUCCUGACUUCAGCUCUGAAAUCAAACCCGUCACACCUGAGAGAGCUGGACCUGAGCGGGAAUAAACUAGGAGACUCUGGAGUGAAAAACCUCAGUGAUCUACUGAUGAAUCCACAAUUCAAGCUGGAGAAACUAGAUCUGAGUGGAUGCAGUAUUACAGAGAAACAGUGUGUCAUCCUGACUUCAGCUCUGAAAUCAAACCCGUCACACCUGAGAGAGCUGAACCUGAGCUGGAAUAAACUAGGAGACUCUGGAGUGAAAAACCUCACUGAUCUACUGUUGAACCCACAAUUCAAGCUGGAGAAACUGGAUCUGAGUGUUUGCAGUAUUACAGAGAAACAGUGUGUCAUCCUGACUUCAGCUCUGAAAUCAAACCCGUCACACCUGAGAGAGCUGGACCUGAGCUUGAAUAAACUAGAAAACACAGGAGUGAAGCACUUAUGUGACAUACUGAAGGAUUCACACUGUGAACUGGAGAGAUUGAGACUCUCUAACUGCAGAGUAACAGAAGAAGGUUAUAAAGCUCUGGCUUCAGCUCUGAGAUCAAACCCUUCACACCUGAUAGAGCUGGAUCUCACAGGAAAUGAUCCUGGACAAUCAGGAGUGAAGGAGCUCAGUGAUUUACUACAGGAUCCAAACUGUCAACUGAAGACACUGAGGUUUUUGAGUGCUGCUGCAGAUGAAGCCUGUCAGUAUGUGAAGAGAGUUGUGGGUAAAAACCCGUUACUCCUGAGAGAGCUGAAUCUGACUAGACAUGAACUAGGAGACACACGAGUGAAUCAGAUCGCUGCUCUACUGCAGGAUAAACACUGUCAACUCAACACACUGACUCUGAGUGAAUGCAGUAUUACAGAGAAACAGUGUGUCAUCCUGACUUCAGCUCUGAAAUCAAACCCGUCACACCUGAGAGAGCUGAACCUCAAUGUGAAUAUAAUAGAAAACACCGGAGUGAAGCACUUAUGUGACGUACUGAAGGAUUCACACUGUGAACUGGAGAGAUUGAGACUCUCUAACUGCAGUGUAACAGAAGAAGGUUAUAAAGCUCUGGCUUCAGCUCUGAGAUCAAACCCUUCACACCUGAUAGAGCUGGAUCUCACAGGAAAUGAUCCUGGACAAUCAGGAGUGAAGAAGCUCAGUGAUUUACUACAGGAUCCAAACUGUCAACUGAAGACACUGAACAGGUCUAUGAGUCUCCAGAUGUUCACAAACAUGCAGGAAUACUUACCUGCUUUAUCUCAGCGAUUCUCCUGGUCUCCGUGUAAAGUGUCUGCGUGUGUGUUCUCCUACCGUUCCUGUUUGGUCUGUCUACCUCUGCACCAGCCAUCCGCCACAAGUCACUCACCUGCAAAGGAAAAGGACAGUAUUACCAUUCUUAUCUACCAUCACAAGUUUUUGAGUGCUGCUGCAGAUGAAGCCUGUCAGUAUGUGAAGAGAGUUGUGGGUAAAAACCCGUUACUCCUGAGAGAGCUGAAUCUUAGUGAACAUGAACUAGGAGACACACAAGUGAAUCAGAUCGCUGCUCUACUGCAGGAUAAACACUGUCGACUCAACACACUGAUUCUGAGUGAAUGCAGUAUUACAGAGAAACAGUGUGUCAUCCUGACUUCAGCUCUGAAAUCAAACCCGUCACACCUGAGAGAGCUGAACCUCAAUGUGAAUAUAAUAGAAAACACCGGAGUGAAGCACUUAUGUGACGUACUGAAGGAUUCACACUGUGAACUGGAGAGAUUGAGACUCUCUAACUGCAGUGUAACAGAAGAAGGUUAUAAAGCUCUGGCUUCAGCUCUGAGAUCAAACCCUUCACACCUGAUAGAGCUGGAUCUCACAGGAAAUGAUCCUGGACAAUCAGGAGUGAAGAAGCUCAGUGAUUUACUACAGGAUCCAAACUGUCAACUGAAGACACUGAACAGGUCUAUGAGUCUCCAGAUGUUCACAAACAUGCAGGAAUACUUACCUGCUUUAUCUCAGCGAUUCUCCUGGUCUCCAUGUAAAGUGUCUGCGUGUGUGUUCUCCUACCGUUCCUGUUUGGUCUGUCUACCUCUGCACCAGCCAUCCGCCACAAGUCACUCACCUGCAAAGGAAAAGGACAGUAUUACCAUUCUUAUCUACCAUCACAAGUUUUUGAGUGCUGCUGCAGAUGAAGCCUGUCAGUAUGUGAAGAGAGUUGUGGGUAAAAACCCGUUACUCCUGAGAGAGCUGAAUCUUAGUGAACAUGAACUAGGAGACACACAAGUGAAUCAGAUCGCUGCUCUACUGCAGGAUAAACACUGUCGACUCAACACACUGACUCUGAGUGGAUGCAGUAUUACAGAGAAACAGUGUGUCAUCCUGACUUCAGCUCUGAAAUCAAACCUGUCACACCUGAGAGAGCUGGACCUGAGCAGGAAUAAAAUAGGAAACACAGGAGUGAAGCACUUAUGUGAUGUACUGAAGGAUUCACACUGUAAACUGGAGAGAUCCAGACUCUCUAACUGCAGUGUAACAGAAGAAGGUUAUAAAGCUCUGGCUUCAGCUCUGAGAUCAAACCCUUCACACCUGAUAGAGCUGGAUCUCACAGGAAAUGAUCCUGGACAAUCAGGAGUGAAGGAGCUCAAUGAUUUACUACAGGAUCCAAACUGUCAGCUGAAGACACUGAGGUUUUUGAGUGCUGCUGCAGAUGAAGCCUGUCAGUAUGUGAAGAGAGUUGUGGGUAAAAACCCGUUACUCCUGAGAGAGCUGAAUCUGAGUAGACAUGAACUAGUAGACACAGGAGUGAAUCAGAUCGCUGCUUUACUGCAGGAUAAACACUGUCGACUCAACACACUGAAUCUGAGUGGAUGCAGUAUUACAGAGAAACAGUGUGUCAUCCUGACUUCAGCUCUGAAAUCAAACCCGUCACACCUGAGAGAGCUGGACCUGAGCGGGAAUAAACUAGGAGACUCUGGAGUGAAAAACCUCAGUGAUCUACUGAUGAAUCCACAAUUCAAGCUGGAGAAACUAGAUCUGAGUGUUUGCAGUAUUACAGAGGAACAGUGUGUCAUCCUGACUUCAGCUCUGAAAUCAAACCCGUCACACCUGAGAGAGCUGAACCUGAGCGGGAAUAAACUAGGAGACUCUGGAGUGAAAAACCUCAGUGAUCUACUGAUGAACCCACAAUUCAAGCUGGAGAAACUACAUGUUUGUGGAUGCAGAAUUACAGAGAAACAGUGUAUCAUCCUAACUUCAGCUCUGAAAUCAAACCCGUCACACCUGAGAGAGCUGAAACUGAGACUGAAUGAACUAGGAGACUCAGGAGUGAAGCACUUAUGUGACGUACUGAAGGAUUCACACUGUAAACUGGAGAGAUUGAGUCUAUAUCACUGUGGCAUUACAGAUGUUUCUUCUUUAACUCAGUCUUUGACUAACUCAAAAGCACUGCAGUUUUUAAAAGAUCUUGAUCUGAGAGAGAAUAUGAUAGGAGACUCAAAGCAGCAGCUCAGUGACAUGCUACGAGACUCAAACUGUGUCCUGAGAGUAGAUUAUCAAUUGCCAAAGUUCUCUAAACGAGAUCAAUCACCAAACAUCCCUGAUAGAGUUCAAUCGCCAGAAGUCUCUGAACAAGUUAAAUCUCCAAAAGUCUUUAAACAAGUAAAAUCACCAAACACCUCUGACGGAUGCUUUAUAUCAUAGUGUGAAAUCAUCAUGAGAGGAGCAGUAAUCAUCAGGAGGAACAGGAGGAAGAAGCUCAGAUGAGUCUGUCAGCAGAAAUCUUCAGGCUCUUCAGUAUCAGACCUACAAAUAUAAUAAUGUUUAAAAUGUUUCUAAUCAUAAAUGUGAUUGUCAAGUAUAGCACAUAAAUGUGUCAAAAGAUAUAAAGUCUACAUGUUACUUCAAACAUCUAUGUGAUCUCUCUUACAUUUUAAGCACAGAAUAUAUUUGUUUAUUUUUGUUAUUCUGUUUUACUUUAUAUUAUCUAUGUGUCUGUCUGUUAAUGCACAGAUAUACACUAUAUUGUCUUUAACAUAUUGCUAUAUGCUGUAUAUAUUGUAUAUUGUACAUUUUUUAACAGUUAACAGCAUUUGUGUGUUAAAGAAGUUCAGAACAUUGGUUUUUGUUUCAAAA